AUGUCUGGUUUCUCUUUCGGUACACCGACAACGUCGGCUCCGGCGUUUUCGUUCGGCACGCCAGCAGCAACAGCGAGCAUCGCCCCAGGCGCUUCUGUUACCCCGGUCGCUGCAGCAGCACCAGCGACAGGGUUUUCUUUCGGAACUGCUGCUGCCGCUACGACGACUACGGCUGCCGCCGUGCCUGGAUUUAGCUUUGGCAAGCCAACCACUACAACGGCAGCAGCACCACUCUCGUUUGGCCUUGGAACAACCGCCACGUCCGCAAGCCCUUUCGGAGGAUUAAGCGUGUCUGCCGGUACUACAGCCACAGCAACAACGACAUCAACAUUCGCAGUACCAACGCUUAACUUCGGAACUGCAGCGACAGCUACAGCCGGUGGGACCAACACACUCGGUCUAGGAAAUACCGCCACAGGAGGUCUUUUCGGUGCUGCCAAAUCAACAACCGCUACCGUGGCAGUCCCAACAACCUCCACCACCACCACCGUGGGCUUGGGCGGGGUAGACAUAAAUGCCAACCAGCCCAAAUCGGUUGAAGGCAAAAAUGACAACACGAAAGCGAAAGAAUCGCAAGUCCCGCAGGAAAUCAUCAGCACCGUGGAACACCUGAAGGAACACAUCAAGAAGCAGAAAACUAUUGGGUCGGAUAUCGCUCGUUCCUCCGCCCGGAAGAUGUCGAACGUGUCCAGCGAAAUAAAAAACCUCACCAGCGUACUGGCGGAACUAUCGAACAGUGUGAACAAUAAUCAGAACGCGAUCAAAAUGCUACGACACGAAACGUCCGGCAUUACGCGUCAAGCGGACAUGGCACAGCGUACGCAGGAGACACCCGCCGGGCUACAGUUCGAAAAUACAUUGCCCCUGCAGUACUUCAUCGAGCUGAUCCAAAAGUAUGAAUCUGACCUAAUCAAUCUAAAGCAGCAGGUAGAGCUAACAGAAAAACACAUGAACUCGCUUACGACACCACAAUAUUUUACGCCUCAAGAUUUAAAGCUUUGCCUGCAGCAGAUCUACGAAAGCUUUGUGGCGCUUGCGGGUCGCCUUCAUGAGCUGCACCAGAAAGUAGAAACCCAAAAGGAACAGUAUCUUAAUCUAAGGCGAUACCUUCUGCGCGACAAUACGGACGUGUUUGAGAGCAGCGAAGGCGCCAAGGAGGGCUCCAAUGUGACGGACAAGUUUGCACUCAAUAUCUCUUCCGGGCCGACGCCAUUCUCGACCGUAAUGGGCAAUGUCAGCUUCGGAGUUUCCCUGCGACAGACCGGAGCCGGUACAUCGCUCUGGUCAGGUGCUGGAGCAGGACUGACGGGGGCGGACCAACACAAAGGAGGUGCCUUCGGACAGACGAAUUUUUUCGGCUUGAACACCGGAACUAGUACGGCCGGCAGCGAUCCGUUCGGAAACCGGUUAGGCUUUGGGUUAGGGACCAUGUCCGCAACUGGAGGCGAUGCGUUCAACUUGCAAAAACCACCGCUAGGGAGCAAAAGAAAUAAAUUGUAA